UUUCAGGGUACAAAUGUGCCUGAUACAGGGGAAGGUGGCCCGGGUAGCAUCCCUGUUAACACAGAACACUGGCUUGUUUGUUUCGUUGGGGGAAUGAAUGUGUUGUGUUGAGGAAUUGUCAUCUGACGCAUAUAGAUAGCCAUAAAUAAAUAUGUUACCUUUAUAGUACCGUCAAAUGUUGGCUAUUGUAUAGUUUCUUAUUGAUACCAUUGAAAUGAAGCUUGUCAGUACUGUCUGUAACAUACUCUCCAUAUUCUCUGAUAUUUGGAAAGUUUGUUGGCUCAUUGAAAGCACUGUAAAAAGCACAAUAAAAAGCACUUACACUGAAUGGCGUAUCUUAACAGCUAUACAAGAGUCCUGGUAAGAAAACAGCUCAAGUUCAAAGUUCGUUUUUAUUGCUUAAAGCCACUUUACGCGAGAUUUGUUUUUUUGUGCUACUGAGCUCCCUAAAGUUGCGGAGUGUAGCGCACUUUUACACCACUGUCGUAAAUACAAAUCGCGCCUCGAUACCCCUAAUGGAAAGUGUACACGUGUAUUUGUUGACAAGCUGAAGCAUAGUUAUAUAUGUCUAUGAGCUGAAGGAUAUGGAACAGGCAAUGAGAAGCCAAAGAAUCAUGUAGACUGACAAGGCACGGCCUGCCCGCGGAUCUGAGUGCUGAGGAUGGCACAGGCGCCUGAGCCCACCAGCAGUAACAUGAACCUGAUCACCGCAGACAUGAACGAUACCGUGGAUAGUCUGGACACCCGAGAGCUAGACUUUGGGGAUGAGGAGGAGGUGGACUUUGAUCACACGGGGGACACCCGGAUUCCCUUUAAAGCCGUGUACCAGACCCUGGGCUUUAAAGAGUCCGAGGCCAAGGUCUUUCUGGUGUCCAUGCCCAUCACUGCCAGGAUCCUGGAGGUGGAGCGCUUCACUGCAGCCCACGACCGCUUCACCCAGAGGAGUGCGUCCAAGCUGCCAGCUGUGUUUAAGAUUGAGCUGCGGCAUGGUAACUUCACUUGGGAGGUGAAGCGAAAGCAGAAGCACUUUGUGGAGCUGCACAGGGAGUUGCUGCGCUACAAAACCCUCAUGAGGAUCCCUCUUCCGUCCCGCAGUCACACGGUGAGGAGGAAGAGCAUCAGGAGGAGCGAGGCGAGACAGAUGCCCAACCUGCCACGUGGAGGAGGGGGGGACGAUAUGGGCAGAGAGGAGCAGGUGUCCAGCAGGAGGAGACAACUGGAAGACUACCUGAAUAAGCUGCUGAAAAUGUCUAUGUACAGACAGUACCAUGCCACAAUGGAGUUUAUCGAUGUGAGCCAGAUGUCCUUCAUUCAUGACUUGGGACCAAAAGGCUUAGAGGGGAUGAUCCUCAAAAGGUCUGGUGGCCAUCGCAUCCCAGGACUGAACUGCUGUGGCCAAGGCAAAGUCUGCUACCGCUGGUCAAAAAGGUGGCUGGUUGUCAAGGACUCUUUCUUGCUGUACAUGAAGCCUGACACAGGAGCCAUCUCUUUUGUGCUCCUGCUGGACAAGGAGUUCACGGUCGAAAUGGACUCCAAAAACACAGAGACUCGCCACGGGGUGAGGAUCAACAGCCUUUGUAGGACGCUGGUGAUCAAGUGCAAUAGUUACAGGCAUGCACUCUGGUGGGGGCAGUCAAUUGAGAACUUUGUGCGGAAGCACGGCAAGGCAUUCCUCAGAGACCAUCGCUUCGGCUCCUUUGCCAGAGAGGAGGAGAACAUCCCAGCAAAAUGGUAUGUCAAUGGGAAAACCUACAUGGAGGAUCUAGCCAAUGCUAUGGAGGAGGCAAGAGAGGAAAUCUUUAUUACAGAUUGGUGGUUGAGCCCGGAGAUCUUCCUCAAGAGGCCGGUGGUUGAGGGCAAUCGUUGGCGCUUAGACUGCAUCCUCAGACGCAAGGCACAACAAGGGGUGAGGAUUUUUGUCAUGCUGUACAAGGAAGUGGAGCUGGCACUUGGCAUUAACAGUGAAUACAGCAAGCGGACACUUAUGCACCUACACCCCAACGUCAAGGUGAUGAGACAUCCUGAUCAUGUCUCCUCCUCCGUUUAUCUGUGGGCACACCAUGAAAAAAUUGUGGUCAUCGACCAAUCCGUGGCCUUCGUUGGUGGGAUAGAUCUGGCCUAUGGCCGCUGGGAUGACAGGGAGCACCGACUGACAGAUGUAGGGAGUGUUACCCGAGCUGUCACCAUGGCGCUUGAACAGCCUGCAGACGCACCCAGCCAGGAAGUGGCCUCCUCAGAAGACACAGCCCAGAACAAUGGGCGGACGGUAGGAGGAGGGGUGAACCCUGUGGAAGAGCCCAAAAUCAAGGGCAUAGGCCGCAUGCGCAAGAGCCGCUUCAGCCUCUACCGCCACCUCCACCGGCACGGCCUCCACCACGCAGACAGCGUUAGCAGUGUGGACAGCACAGAAGACCGGGGAGGCUCAAUGCGGAGCCUCCAGACAGGCGGAGGAGAGCUGAUUGGAAACACGCGCUUCUGGCACGGCAAAGACUACUGCAACUUUGUCUACAAAGACUGGGUCCAACUAGAGAAGCCUUUCGAUGAUUUUAUCGACAGGCACACAAGGCCCAGGAUGCCCUGGCAUGACAUUGCCUCAGUAGUUCAUGGGAAGGGGGCUCGGGAUGUGGCAAGACAUUUUAUCCAGCGCUGGAACUUCACGAAGAUCAUGAAGCCAAAGUACAGAUCACUCUCCUACCCAUUUUUACUGCCCAAAUCACAUACUUCAGCCAAUGACCUUCGAUACCAAGUGCCAGGCUGUGUCCAGGCUAAAGUGCAGAUCUUGCGGUCGGCUGCAGAUUGGUCUGCUGGUAUAAAGUACCACGAGGAAUCCAUCCACAAUGCCUAUACCCAGGUCAUCGCCAAGAGCAAGCAUUUCAUCUAUAUUGAGAACCAGUUCUUUAUUAGCUGUGCUGAUAACAAACAGGUUUACAACAAGAUCGGUGACGCCAUCAUUGAAAGGAUCCUCCGAGCUCACAAGGAGAAUAAGAAGUUCCGUGUCUACGUGGUGACUCCGCUGAUGCCAGGCUUUGAGGGUGACAUCACCACCGGAGGGGGAAAUGCCAUUCAGGCCGUGAUGCAUUUCAACUACAGAACUAUGAAUAGGGGAGACCAUUCCAUCAUAUCACAGCUGAAGAAGGAGAUGGAUAACCAGUGGAUGAACUACAUCUCUUUUGCUGGACUGCGCACACAUGCUGAACUGGAAGGGCGCCUGAUGACAGAGCUCAUCUACGUCCACAGCAAGAUGCUCAUAGCCGAUGACAACACCGUCAUCAUCGGCUCAGCCAACAUCAAUGACCGCAGUAUGCUGGGGAAGAGAGACAGCGAGGUGGCCGUGAUCGUGGAGGACACCGAGACCGUCCCCUCGCUGAUGGAUGGAGAGGAGUACCAGGCUGGGAAGUUUGCCCUGGGGCUCAGGCUGGAGUGCUUCAAAACCAUCCUGGGUGCCUUCUCUGACCCCAACAUUGACGUGUCCGACCCCAUCAGCGACCACUUCUACAAGGAGGUGUGGAUGGCGAUAUCAGGACGGAACGCCACCAUCUAUGACAAGGUGUUCAACUGUCUGCCGUCCAGCCUGGUGAGGAACAUGCAGGAGCUCCUGGACUUCAAGACUAGGACAGAGCUGGACAAAGAGGACCCUGCUCAAGCUCGGGAGCUGCUGAAGAAGAUCCGGGGGUUCCUGGUCCAGUUCCCCCUGGAGUUCCUCAGCGAGGAGAACCUCAUGCCCUCCAUGGGCACCAAAGAGGCCAUGGCACCCACUGAGCUCUGGACCUGAUUCUGGUCCCUCUGGUGACCAAAGUCUGUCCUCAGUUGACCACUGGUACGAAGGAAAUCUACAAGGACUUAACUCACAUUUGCAGCUUUACAAGGCAAAGUAUGGCUCUACCAGUGGAACUCAAUUAUGCUUAGUGUCAUCAGAUAUAAUGCCUCUGUACAAUUGUUUGUUAUUUUAUAAAUGGUAUUUAUAUGACAUAUGCUCUGAAGGGAUGUUGCACUCAUCUUAAAUGACAGACCACCUGAUGACAGGAGGAAUAUAACUACCACACAGACCCAUGUGCCUGAAGUGGAAUCUGGACCUAAGGGAGAUUUCAACAGGAAAGACAAUGUACACAAACUCUAAGGAUUUCUACUGCAUCACCUCACACUCCAGAGAUGCAACUAUUUUAGUCAGCAGUAAAUCAAUCCAAGGCGUCAUGUUUAGUGCUGUUCGCUCCCCUGUAUUUAAGUGCUUGGGACAGGUCAACUCCAGUGGUUUGUCUAUAGUGUUGGACCAGCUGUAAGACGCUAGGGGAUUGCCGGGACAUGCUUCAUGAGUCUCACUAUCCUGACUAUAUGAAGGUAAAAAUGAUUCAAGAGCUAUUAGACAAUCUGCCUGUAAUAGGUGAAAACUGCUGAAUAGCGCUGAAGCAGUCGAAAUCCAUUACUGGUGAGCAACAUAGACUGAAAGCCCAAAUUGCCAGACCUCACACCACUGAUCCUUACAUUCUGUAUGACUCAGCUGUUUAGAAGCAGUUGUCCUACUGCAUUCUCUCUCCCUCUCCUUCUCUCUCUCUCUGUGGUUGAUUGAUUUGUUCUUUCUCUGAAAAAUAUGUCAUUUUUAUGUGACCGCCGCUCCUCUCUGUUAGUCAGAUACAUAUCUCUUCAUUGAUUUAUUACUACAGAUUGACACCAAUCCAGCAUUUAGCCAUAAUAAAGCAAACCUGUCUUCAUUCUCAGGUUUUUUAAUGAUA